ACGUUGCCACCUGCUCCAGCGAGAUGCCUGGAGAAAGAGAGUGCGCCAUCUGCUACUGCCCCUACACCCGGGGCUCUCGGACCCCCAGGGUCUUGCCUUGCCAGCACACCUUCUGCAGCGAAUGCCUCCAGGUCCUGGUCUCCCUGGUGGAGCCCGAGGCCUCGGGCCUCUGCCAGCUCCCCUGCCCCCUCUGCCGGCAGCUCGCCCAGACCUGGUGGGAGGCGGACGACCUCCCCUUCCCCGUGGACCCUGCUCUCGGGGAGCUCCUGCCGGCGGAAGGACCCCAGGAGGAGGGCGUCGAGGCGGUGGGGACUGGCACGCCGUCAGCUCUCAAGCGAGGGGCCAAGAGGUGGGUGAAGAGUCUGAAGAGGAGAUUGGGUCUUCAGAGACCUAGUCAGUCAAACGUUGACGCCAUCUGUGUGAACAUGCAUGAUAUGGCCCUGAUGGCAAGUUCUCACUUAAUGUAAAGCGAAGCCUCUGGUGAAGGUCCAGCCGCGAUUGGCUUGGCUAACUGAUCCGAGUUAAAGGGACAGCGCACCAGCGUUCCGAGACCAGCAGGGGGUGGAAAAUGCGUCCCCUUGGCGUCCCUACAACGUCGACCUGGAUUAUUUUGGGGGGGGGGGGGGUGGUGAGCCUUUCCCAACACACACGACAUUUCAUCCCCCACCCCACCACCACCCUCCCCCCAACAGCCCCAUGUAAAAUGAAAAGCCUUGAAGAUGGGGGGGUGGUGGUGCUUCACGCUUGAUGGUUCCUCUCCCGGGCAACAAGCCAAGGUCAGCCAGAGCCCAACAACAUGAAUUCAAGCGGCCGGACUCCUGGCAGCUGCGCAACGUGGUCAGUUGCUGUACCGCAGACCACCAGCCAGCCGGGGCCAAAGAGACUAUCUCGAAGCCCAAAGCCAUGAAGCUAUCAGCAGCAUCACCUCAGCAAACAGCGUUGGCGAGGCCUAUAUCGCUUCUGCUAAAUUGGGCCCUGGUGUUAAAGCUUUCAUCUGUGUUUACGGUUUGUCUUUAAAAGUGGCUUUCGUUUGUUUUGUGGUUGGCGAUGUGGGUGGGUGGUGGGGUGGGUGGUGAUGCGACUUAUCCCUAGGGUGCGAUGUUUGUGCCAGGUUUUACAGCGAGUUUAAGCCAUUCGUAUAGAUUUAAGUAACCUCUGCUCCCCUGCCAAACCCCACCCCCCACCCCACACCCCUACCCCUGUUGCCGUCAGCGAUACUGCCAAAAGAGACUAUUAAGAUGACGGCAUCUCCCUGGCAAUGUGGGCGGGCUUGUUUGUGCCAUGGUGUUGUCAUGUUGCUGUGGCAACGGCAUGCUUCUCAAUUUGUGGCCCAUUUCCAAACCUCUUAGUCAUAAACGUGGGGAAAGAAUUUUCACAACACGCGGGAGGAGACUUGUUAAAGUUUAAUCGGGGAUUUAGUUGGCCAGGUCACCCAAUGCUCCAAGAACAGGAGCCAUCUGUCCAGGCCUCAAAACCUGGAGUAGGCCUUACAGGGCAGCAGACUGGGCCCAUACAGAGAUAUUCCUAAACAUCCUGUCAGGCAGGGCAAGGGGAUUAAAAAAACACCUCAUUCUCAAAUCGAUUUGUGCUGUAAUUAGGGUAGUGGCCAACUCUUGUUGUACGUACACCUGGAGGUUUUAUCACAUGACUUUUUUGCGCCCAACAACCGCCCCACUCGGUCAAAUAGCCCCUUUUCCCACCUCCAAUUUUUGAAUAAUUAACAAACUGAAGAGAAUGGGGGAGAAAUACAUUUAAAAACAAAAAUAAUGAUUUCUCUCAGGGUUUGCUCCAGAAGCAAUUCCUUAAAAGUAGGGGAUAUGGGAGAAGUGAGGGUCGGUGGAGCUGGGGUAGAAGAUCAGCCAUGAUGGAAUUGAAUGGCAGAGCAGGAUCAAGGGGCCGAAUUGCCUAUUCCUGCUCCGAUCACUUAGGUUUCUCAUGUUUAGUCAACAAAAGACUCAGAAAUGAGCUAGUGGUUGGAGAGAUUUGGGAACAAGAGGCCAAAUCCAUCUGUUCUUCCCAAGUAUGCUGCAUCACCACUUGCCGUGUAUUUCAGUACUCCCAUCUUGUAUCCCAAGGGUGGUAACUAACCAUCCUGUGUGGUACUGAAUGGUACAGACUAGGAGGGCUUCACAUUCCUGCCCUGGUCUAAUAUGGAACCCACUGGUCAAAAAAUGGUCAAAUCGAAUAACUUGCUACCUAGGUCACCCCUUAUUGUGUUUCCUCUCAGCUUAUGCUGUGCAAAAAGAAGAGGGGAAAGCCCGCAGGAAUGUUACAGCCUGUGAUUUCCAGUCAUGGUUCUUCAGUAUUAUCUUAGGUAUUAUGAUAAAUUUCAUUUGUGAAUUUAGCCAGCACUGUAAAUGCAAUCUUACUGUAUAUGUUUAAAUUUUGUAUGGAAAUGGAAGUACUAAUUAUUAUGUAUUUAAUUGUCAUUUAA